GUCUCAAUUGUAAUUUCGCGAAUGGGGGGAGCAUAAGCAAGCCGGACCAUUUCCGGCCGAGGCGGGUAACCCAAGCGAAGGCUACCCCGACUUCCCUUCGCUCCGCCGGGUGUCGCGGCGAACCGCGAUUGCUUCAGGAUAUGGGCACCAAACGCAAAAACUCGGCUUCGGCCGGGGGGCAGGACCCGCCCCCGGCUAAGCGGGUUCGCAGCACCGGUACCGCGGAAUUCACCGGCGCCCGGUUCAAAUUCCUCCUCCGCGACUCCAGCACUGCGAUGAAAGGUUUGGAAACCUUCAUAGCCAAAGCUAAAUUACUACCGUCAAAUGAGCAAUAUGAUGUAGUGGAAGAAUACAUAAAAGUUUCUAUUGAAUGUGUAGAAAUGUUUAAACUUCUGGAUGGUGAAAGGCGUCCUGACAGCGAGAUGCUGCUAAUUUUUCAAGCUCUAGAAAAUAUUUUGCUGCGAACAGCAAGUGAUCUGUCCCAUUUUCAUGUCGUGGGGAUGAAUAUAGUAAAGAAGUUGAUUAAUAGUUACAUGAAAUUAAUUUAUGCUGCCUUGUAUUCUGAAACUCAUAGACUGUCUCGUCUGUGUCUAACUUUAUUAUCAGCAAUGGUGUCACAGGGACCAGAUGCUGCCAGAGAUGUCUAUAGCCACUUUGAUUUCAAUAAUAAAUUCUUACCUAAUUUAGUGAAGAAGAGAGACUAUAAGGUAAGAAAGCAAAAUGUCAGCCACGAGGAUUAA